UUCUCCCCCUUUUCUCUCUCUCUCGGAACAACCUUUUUAUCAUACAAAAUAAAUAAACUCACGAGUACGCGAUUCACUAUUUUUGCAAAACCUUUCACAAAUUUUUUUAUAAAGGGCCAUCCACAAAUUUAAAGAAAUACAGCACAAAAAAAAAUUAGAAAUUGUGUAGCAAGAAGUCCAUGUACAAAACAAAAACAUUAAAACAAACAAAUCCCAGAAAUCUCAACCCGAGUUUUGGCGUAAAUCCAAUCUUUUCUACACUCCACUUUCAGACCUUCAGUGUAAACAAGCAGCAAUUAGAAACCCCCACGAAAUCAUUAUACGAAUUGAGUGUCCCCUUCUCUCCAUCUUCCGUUCAAGUGACCGGCAAAAAGGAAUUUCACUCAGAAAAGAAAAAUCCCAUUUCUACCAACACUUUGACAUAUACGUAGCCUUGGCCUGUAUCAAUUUUCAUGCAAUAGUAUAUAUCCGCAUAGAGGAUAUAUAUAUAUCUUUUUAAUUUUUGUAUUUAAUUUUUUUUCCUUGCAGUUUUGUUUAAUUUUUUAGGGGAAAAAACAGAAAUUGAAUUGAUGCUAGCUGUGGCACCUCUGAGGAACACUACUAAAGAUGAGCAGAAAGGAGAGAUGCAGUGUUUCACUAUUAGCUCGGAAGAGUUCCCUGACUUCGCUGAUGAGAAUUUACUUGAGAGUAUUGAUUUUGAUGAUCUUUUUGAUAGCAUCGAUGAAGGUGAUCUGUUACCGGAUUUGGAGAUGGACACCGAAAUCUUCGCAGCACUACCCUCCGGUGGAGGUGAUGAGGAAUCAGAGAUGAACACAUCAGUAGGCAAAACUGAUGAGGAUAGUACUCAAAGGAAAGAGGAAGAAGAAGAAAAGGUUUCGGGUUCAGGUUCAGGGUUAGGUUCGAGUUCAACCAAAGGCGAGGAGAUUGUUAACAAAGGAGAGGAACCUACAGCAGUUAAUAAAACACCUUCCAAAGAAGCUGAUAAGGGAAGAAAAUCAUCAGCACAAGCAAAGAAUAACAAUCAAGGGAAGCGAAAAGUGAAGGUAAUUACCGUGGAUUGGACGCCAGAGCUGCACAGGAGGUUCGUGCAAGCAGUAGAGCUACUCGGGGUGGAUAAGGCGGUGCCUUCAAGAAUUUUAGAGCUUAUGGGAAUUGAUUGUCUUACUCGCCAUAACAUUGCCAGCCAUCUUCAAAAAUAUAGAUCUCAUUGGAAGCAUUUGCUAGCUCGUGAAGCGGAGGCGGCAACCUGGACCCACAGGAGGCAAAUGUACGGUUCUUCCACCUCAGCAGGUGGAGGCAUGAGAGAUAUGAAUCCUUGGCUUGCACCCACUAUGGGUUUUCCUCCUAUGUCACCCAUGCAUCACCACUUUAGACCUAUGCAUGUAUGGGGUCAUCCCACCAUGGAUCAAUCCCUCAUGCACAUAUGGCCUAAGCAUUUAGCCCACACACCAUCCCCGCCGCCGCCACCACAGUCUACGUGGAGACUUCCACUUCCUCCUCUACCAGCAGACCCUUCGUAUUGGCAGCACCACCAACGUGUACCAAAUGGACUAACCCCAGGAACACCUUGCUUUCCACAGCCACUGGCACCAACGAGAUUUGCUGCAACACUGGUCCCAGGCAUUUCUCCCCACCAUGCCAUGUACAAAGCAGACCCUGGCAUUGGAGUCCCGGCCGGACAAUCAGUUCCCCACCCUCUCAUUGACAUCCAUCCGUCAAAAGAGAGCAUAGAUGCAGCUAUAGAAGACGUUUUAUCAAAACCAUGGCUGCCACUUCCUCUUGGACUGAAGCCGCCAUCUACCGAUGGCGUUUUGGGAGAGCUGCAACGUCAAGGAGUGCCCAAGAUACCACCCUCUUGUGCUUGAUCGAUACCCUUUAGAUCGAUAUAUACAACAGCUAGAGUGGCCUUGUCAACUGAUGAUUUUCGAGACUACUGCGGAGAACCCUUAAUUCGAUGACAUUACCCAACGUUAGAACGUUCAUGUGGAGAUCUAAUCUUUUUCCCUUUCUUUUAUUUUCUUGUUUUUUCCACUAAAUUUGUAGAAUCAUUUGCUUGUUCUUGUUCCCUUGCGAGGACAACUUUAUUUAUUAAGCAUGCUGAUCCAUGUCUUUUAAUAAAGCCAAAAUUUGGAAUGGUUUUGUGAAUGAGAUUCU